AUGUCUUCCUCGUCUGACUCCAACAACCCCUCAGAAGAGCGGGGGGACGCGGCCGCGUCGUCGUCUGUGGAAGCAGCCUCCUGGGCCUCGGUUGGCCUCCAUCCCCAGUUGGUGGACAUCUGCACCUCGCUCGGCUGGCCAGCGCCAACCGGCAUCCAGGCCCAGGCCAUUCCUGUUGCGCUGCGCGGAGAGGACGUCAUCGGUCUGGCAGAGACGGGAUCAGGCAAGACUGGUGCAUUUGCUCUGCCCAUCAUUCACUCGCUGCUCAAUGCUGAGCGCAUGCCGGGUACAUACGCCCUCGUCCUCACCCCGACUCGUGAACUCGCCCUCCAGAUCGCAGAGCAGUUCCGCGCUCUGGGAACAGACGUCGGUCUCAAGGUCGCCCUGGUUGUUGGUGGCACUGACAUGCCCGAGCAGGCUCGCACGCUCGCCCGCAAGCCGCACGUCCUCGUCGCUACCCCUGGCCGCCUCCUCGAUCACCUCCAGCAGACCCGCGGCUUCUCCCUCUCCAAGCUCAAGUUCCUGGUCAUGGACGAGGCCGAUCGCAUUCUCAACGCAGACUUUGAGGAGGCCCUCAACGAGAUCCUCAAGGCUGUGCCGGACUCGGAGAGCCGUACCUCGUUCCUCUUCUCUGCUACCAUGACCACCAAGGUCGCCAAGCUCCAGCGUGCCUCGCUCCGCAACCCGGUCCGCGUCGAGUACUCCAACAAGUACGCCACGCCCGACAAUCUUGAUCAGCGCUACGUCUUCCUCCCGGCCCAGCUCCUCGACUGCUACCUCGCGUACAUCCUCAACGAGUUUGGCGCCCGCUCCGCCAUCGUCUUUGUCGCCACCUGCAAGGAGGCCCAGCGCCUCGCCCUCAUGCUCGGCUCGAUGGGCUUUGGCGUCGUCGCCCUCCACGGCAAGCUCAACCAGUCCAAGCGCUUUGCUGCCCUCGGCAAGUUCAAGUCCAAGUCCAAGUCCAUCCUUGUUGCCACAGACGUUGCCUCGCGCGGCCUUGACAUUCCCACCGUGGAUCUUGUCAUCAACGCUCAGCUCCCCGUCCGCUCCAAGGACUACGUUCACCGCGUUGGCCGCACUGCCCGCGCCGGCCGCACCGGCGUCGCCAUCUCCAUGGUCACCCAGUACGACGUCGAGAUCUUCCAGCGCAUCGAGAACCUCGUCGGCAAGAAGAUGAAGCUUUACCGUACCGACGAGCCCUCGGUCAUGCUCCUUAUGGACCGUGUUGUUGAGGCCCAGGCCGUGGCAAACGCCAUGCUCCGCGAGUCGGGCGUCUCUGGCAAGCGCAUCCGCUACGUCGAGGACGAGGACGAGACUCCGACCCGCAACCAGAAGAAGUUCAAGAGCGAUAAGUCGAGCAAGUCCGGCCGCGGCUCUAAGAGCUCCAGGGGCAAGCGCCGCCCGUCUAGCAAGGGCAAGCGCCACUAG